AUGGAGGUUUUAAAUACAGAAGGAGGUGUCAUCAUUUCUCAGAGGAAGUUCACCAUGGACUUGAUCAAGGAGUACAAUUUCUUUGAUUACAGUUCAAUGUCAUCACCACUUGAUCCCACCAUUAAGUUGAAGGCCAAAGAAGGAGAUCCAUUGCCAGAUCCCACAUAUUAUAGAAAGCUUAUAGGGAAGUUGAAUUUCCUUACUAAUACUAGAUUAGAUAUAGCAUUUAGUGUACAAAAGUUAAGUCAAUACAUGCAAGAUCCCAGAUUGUCUCAUCUCAAGGAAAAUUUUCACUUGCUUAGAUACCUAAAGAAAGAUCCAACACUUGGAAUUUAUAUGUCCAAAGAUGCAGAUUGCACAGUAAAGGCCUUCUGUAACUUUGACUGGGCCUCUUGUCCUGAUUCAUGGAGGUCAUUUAGUGGUUACUUAGUGCUUCUGGGAAACAUCCCCAUCAACUGGAAGUCCAAGAAAUAG